AUGGACCUGCGGAUGGUGACGACGACUCGAAGCAGAGAGGAGGCAGGGAGCGUCCAGGCCCAGGCUGACGGCAGACGGUCGACGGAGGCGGGCGAGCAGCUGCAGACGGCCGACGAGUACAGGUCCGGCCAGUCGACGGAGACGGGCGAGCAAGUGCGGACCGCUAGUGGACUUGCGCAGCCAGGCGGAGAUGCAGGGGUGGCCUCGUGGGAGAUGCGGGCAGCCGCUAGACUCGAGCAGACGAGCAGCAAGCGGAGAUGCAAGGACGACGACGCCGCCGCCAAGAGUUCCCACCCUCGGCCUUCUCUUUUCCUCUCCCUCUCUCCCCGUGAAGCUGCCCGCACCUGCAGUAAAUGCCACCGAGCGGGAAAUUUCCCGCGCAAGAGCAUAUAUGCGCUCACUUCCCGCCGCGGGUCUUCUGGCGCGGACGCGCGCUCGAUUUCCCACCCACCCGUGGUUGAUUUCCCAUCCAUUCCCUGCAAAAUCGCAUCCGGCGUCCCCUACGUCGCUGGAGGCGUCCGCCCGACGCCAUUCGCGCCGACGCCUAAUCCUAUGAGGCGGACGCCAUACCCGUGGAGGUCGUGGCGACCCCGACGCCUAGCACCUCUACCACGCCUUGUCGCCUAG